UCCGGGCCGAGGUGAUGCUCUGCGUGCGACGCUGUUGGGGUCCGUGGCUGGCGGGAAAGAGGCCUCGCUGCUCCUGUCGGUUGUCGGCCGGACUCCGCGGCUCCUCUGACGAGAAGGACAGCCGAGGACCCCGAGUCCGGGAGAAGCCGCCCUGGCGGGUGCUGUUCUUCGGCACCGACCUCUUUUCCCGGGAGGCGCUGCGGGCGCUGCACGCCGCCAGAGACAACAAAGAGGAAAAGUUAAUUGAAAAAUUGGAGGUGGUCACAUUACCUUCGCCAUCCCCCAAAGGACUCCCCGUGAAGCAGUAUGCUCUACAGUCCCAGCUCCCGGUGUACGAGUGGCCCGACGUGGGACCCGGGGAGUAUGACGUUGGAGUAGUGGUUUCCUUUGGACGACUUUUGAGUGAGGCUCUUAUUCUUAAGUUUCCCUAUGGCAUAUUGAACGUGCACCCCAGUUGCCUCCCGAGGUGGCGUGGUCCUGCUCCAAUAAUCCACACAGUGCUCCAUGGGGACACAGUCACUGGCGUAACGAUUAUGCAAAUCAGACCCAAAAGAUUUGAUAUAGGUCCAAUUAUCAAGCAGGAAACCAUGCCUGUGCCUCCCAGGAGCACAUCAAAGGAAUUGGAAGCGGUGUUGUCAAAACUCGGUGCCAACAUGCUUAUCUCAGUUUUGAGAAAUUUGCCCGAAAGCCUGAACAAUGGAAGGCCGCAGCCAGCCGAGGGAGCGACGUAUGCCCCUAAGGUUUCUGCUGGCACCAGCUGUGUUAACUGGGAGGAGCAAACCUCAGAGCAAGUGCUCAGACUUCACCUCGCCAUUGGGGAUAUAGUUCCAUUGCAGACACUCUGGAUGGAGAACACCAUUAAACUUCUGGAUCUCGUAGAAGUUAACAAUGCCAUCCUCACAGACCCCAAAUUAACAGGACAAACUGUGACUCCAGGGUCAGUGGUAUACCACAGACAGUCGCAAAUGCUGCUGGUUCACUGCAAGGAUGGCUGGAUUGGGGUUCCAUCAGUAAUGCUUAAGAAAACACUAACGGCUACUGAUUUCUACAAUGGGUAUUUACAUACGUGGUACCAGAAAAAUUCCCGUGCUCACCCAAGCCAGUGCAGAUUUCAGACUCUCAGACUUCCAACAAAGAUGCAGCAGAAAACCAAAUUGUUGCUAUGCAACAGUGCAUUAAGUAGCUAGGAAGAUGGACAAGGACCUAUUACACAUUGUAAUUUAUUAAAAGCUUUAUUUACAAGCAGCUGCCGUGACUGUGAAAGAAGAUGACACCGUGGGAGAAAGAGAAAAUGGUUAUCAAGACGAUGGAAGUCUUACACUCUGCAUUGUGUGCAACAGUUAAGAGCAGCCUUUUCUACUUGACUACUAAAAGAAG